AUGACGGGCGUCGAGCCGUUCCCGCUGCUCAACACGUCGGCCGACCAGCUGCACAGUGCUGACGUCAACGUUGCGAGGCGCAGGCGUAAGAGCAGCGGCCUUGGGGGCGAGAUUCGCGCUGGCGACACGGGCGCGCCAGCGCUGGCCUCUAGCAGAGUCAGCCUCAAUGCCCACGACUCCGAGACUUCCAAGCGCCGCCGCGCCCGCGGCUUCUUCUCCCAGCUUCGCCAGACAAUGGUCAAGCACACCUUCGCCCUGCCCGCCGUCCUGCUGCUCGUCUUCCUGGCCGGCUACGCCAUCAACCCGUCGGAAGCGAACCCAUUCCACCACUUCCUCUUCCUCUCGUACCCGCUGCCCCAGGACGACCCCCUCCAGCCCGUCCAGUAUGGCAAGGGCAAGUGGGACAUUGCCUUUGUCGCCUUCUACACCAUCGUCUUGUCCUUUACGCGCGAGUUCAUCAUGCAGGAGGUGUUGCGUCCAAUGGCCCGUAGGACGGGCCUCAGCAAGGGGAAGCAGGCCCGCCUCAUGGAACAAAUGUACACGGCGCUCUACUUUGGCAUCCUCGGGCCUGCGGGCAUGUACGUCAUGAGCCGCACGCCCGUCUGGUACUUCAACACCCGCGGCAUGUACGAGGGCUUCCCGCACCGCUCGCACGAGGGCGUCGUCAAGUUCUACUACCUCUUCCAGGCGGCCUACUGGGCCCAGCAGGCCAUCGUCCUCCUCCUGGGCAUGGAGAAGCCGCGCAAGGACUUCAAGGAGCUCGUCGGCCACCACAUUGUCAGCCUGGCGCUCAUCGGCCUGAGCUACCGCUUCCACUUCACCUACAUUGGCAUCGCCGUCUACAUCACCCACGACAUCAGCGACUUCUUCCUCGCCUCGUCCAAGGCCCUCAACUACAUCGACCACCCCAUCGUCGCCCCCUACUUUGCCACGUUUGUCGCCGUCUGGAUCUACAUGCGCCACUACAUCAACCUCCGCAUCAUCUGGUCCCUCUUCACCGAGUUCCGCACCGUCGGCCCCUUUGAGCUCAACUGGGAGACUCAGCAGUACAAGUGUUGGAUCAGCCAGUACAUUACCAGUGCCCUGCUCGCCUCGCUUCAAGCCCUGAACCUCUUUUGGCUCUUUUACAUCCUGCGCAUCGCCUACCGCUUCAUCCGCGACAAGGAGGCCACCGAUGACCGAUCCGAGGACGAGGACGACGAAGAGACGGAGAAGCCCAAGCACAAUGGCAAAAAGGCCGUCCCUCAGCUGCAAGUCCACUAUGAGGACCUCAACGAGGACAAGCACAACGGCUCCGCCAAGCACUAA